UCCGGUUCCGGUUCCUCGCAUCUUCGGGCGGUCUCGCAGCCAUCCGCGACGCAUUCUAGAUUCCACUCAUGCAAUACAGCGAUCGCAGUAUAUUAAUACUUUCAUUCAACCGUGUCCUUACUCUUUCUUUCAGCUAGCAUACGAAACGCGAGACCUGGCUAGCUGCUCCGUUUUCUCGAUAGAGGAAGCGUAAUAAACUGCGUUGGUGAGCUUAUUUGGUUCAUGGACUCGUGGAUAUAUGUGUUGCGCACGUCGUGUUUGUUGUGAAAUUCGAACCUGCAUUGGACGUUGUGGUUGGAGUCGUGAUGGGGAGUUAUAUCUGGGCGAGUAUCACGCUUACGAGCUAUAGGACUAGGAUUCAGAGGCGGAUGAAUGAACGGGAUUUGGUGAUCACUCGCGGGAUCCAUACGGAUUGUCUCCUUCACUACAAGAUUGAGUAUGAGGCGCAGAGGUAUACGGAGGCCAUUGGGGAGUAUCAGA